AUUCUCCCUUCUGUCACUUCUUUAAAUAGCAUCUGCGUGUGUGCCAUUCUGUCUGAUAGAAUCCCAAGUUUAAUACGUUUCCAACCUUGGUCAUGAUCAGAGUGUAACUUUAAAAUUUGGUGUAAACUCUGAUCAAGUUUGGAUUUUCACAUUGCUUUGACUAUUGUUAUUAUGAAAAACGUGGGUCACCGAACAGAACUAAAGAAAAAUCUAGUCAGUCGUGGUGCUGAAAUACCGGUGUACUGGAGUAGUGAGAUUGAGGACGUUUUUAUUCUUUAUAGUAAUAUGCGAGUGAGUUGAUCUAUUUUUCCUCUUUUCGGCAGUCAUCUAUACCAAGCAGCUACCAACUACUCUUUAGUUUAUUCAGUUUCUGACAAAAGCGUUUUUUUUAAUAUUUAUAAAUUUUGAAGAAAAAUGGUUGGCCUACCAGCUUUGCGUCAAGAACCAACUGUUGGUGUGAAGUUUGUAAGUGCGGGAACUGCAGCAUGCAUUGCUGAUAUGAUCACGUUCCCUCUGGAUGUAGCAAAAGUAAGACUGCAGAUCCAAGGUGAAGGAGUAUCGGGGGCUGUAAGUAAGAAAGGAAUGUUUGGGAUGAUGUUGAAUAUCAUCCAGAAAGAAGGGCCUAAAAGCUUGUACAAUGGUCUUUGUGCUGGUCUGCAGAGGCAAAUGUGUUUUGCCUCCGUCCGAAUAGGACUGUAUGAUUCUGUGAAAAAUCAAUACAGUGCUUUAGCAUCUGGUAGCAUUCCCGCUGGCCAUGUUGGCAUCCGUAUUUUGGCUGGGAUCACUACAGGAGGCAUGUCAGUCAUCUUUGCUCAACCCACUGAUGUUGUCAAAGUUCGAAUGCAAGCCCAAGUUACUGGAGUUGCUCCUCGUUAUGUAGGAACUAUGAGUGCUUACAGAACCAUUGCAGUUGAAGAAGGAAUGAAAGGGUUGUGGAAAGGUACUUUGCCGAACGUCACUCGCAAUGCUAUUGUGAAUGCAGCGGAGCUUGUCUGUUACGACCUUAUAAAAGAGUUCAUUUUGACUAGACGACUCAUGUCUGAUAAUGUUCCCUGUCAUUUUACAUCUGCAUUUGCUGCUGGUUUCUGUGCCACUGUGGUGGCAUCUCCAGUAGAUGUGGUCAAGACUCGUUUUAUGAAUUCACAUCACGGCCAGUAUGCUGGUGCUCUAGACUGUGCCUUGAAGAUGUUUAAAGAGGGCGGUUUGACCUCGUUUUACAAAGGGUUUAUGCCUUCUUUUAUCAGAUUGGGUUCUUGGAAUAUCUGUAUGUUUGUGACAUUUGAACAGCUGAAACGUCUCUUUACCCAUCUGAGCCAAGGAACUCUUGUGCCACCUGUACCAAAGGUCUAUGCAGCCCCACCACCUGUUACCCAGAAGGAUGCAGUUCUUGUCAGAAAACCACAUUAUUUCAUCCCUAUUGUCAUAAAUCAGUGGGAUUAAAUUAUAUAUUGGGACAAUUGUUUAUGUAAAAACAUGCAUUUAAAACUUCUUUAGACAUUGGGCAUUUCCAACUUGUUUCUCAGCUGCAGUUUCUUUGUAGAAAAUCUAGUAAUCUCUUAUGUAACAAUUGUAACUAAAAUUAUCAUACAGUUAAUUGCAAAUAUCAACUAGAUUUGACAUGUAGCUGUGCUACUUUAGCUUUAAAAUUUAUUUAGCAUAUUUAGAUUUAAAGUGUAUGUGCUUCUUAGGAAUAAUAAGCCAUGCUUUUAAUUUUUUUAGCAUUACAUGCUUAUUUUUAUGAAACUGCAGUUGCAUUGCUUGGAAAUGGCCUACAAAAUUUGUAACUUUAUGAAAAUUGGCUUGCAAGGUUGGUGACUUGCCUCUUUUUUGUUUGUAAUGAAUGGCAUACUAGUGGGAACUUUUUUAUAAAAAAAAUUAUUAAAUAUAACUGCAUAUGACUAAAAUUGUAAUUUGGUAAUUUACAUUAAGUUUUUGAUUGUAUAUUGUGCAACAUUGAAUUUUUAUUUUACUAGCCAAAGCAUUUGAGUUUUUAAAGCUUAACUUAAUCAUUUAUCAUAAAGUGUUUUUCUUUCAUUUCAUUUAUAUUCAUUCUUAUGUUGAAUUGUGAAUUUAUCAUUAUCCAUUGACUGUAACCUUUUAAAAGGUUUUUUCUUUUUAAAUUAUGACAAAGUAAUUUUUUAUAUUGAUUUUUCUAUGCAUCUGUUAUUUUUCUUAAUUUAACUAUUGUCAAUUGCAUAUCCCUAAAGACCUUUGUUAAAUUCCCUGUAUGCCAUUUUGUAUAUAAUAUGUCUGUGAUAAGAAGUUAUAUAUUGUUUGGUUCAUCUCCAAUAGAUAUUGUAGUGGAAAUGAUAUAUCACAUUCCUUUUUAUGUAGCUUCUCCUUUUAUUCCCUGCUGUAUAUGCACUGUUUUAACUGUCUUCCAUGUAUUAGUGUGUAGUCUAGAACAAACCUAACAGUUUUUUAAUAAAUGUUUUGUACUGUUCA